CUUCGCCUGCGUGCUCAAGGAAGUUGAAUCGUCAUCCGCCUGACUCGGACGAUUAAUGUCCGCGCCGCCCUUGGAGGAGCGCGCAGAAGUGUCCAGUGAGCAGAGCAACCCAUUGUUCGAACUCUUGCAGCAAUACCUGAACCUCGUGUGGGGCCUGUGCUGCCAAUUCCUGGGCCUCAAACAGCCGUCGCAAACUCAGCAGCCAGUCGGUGUGCAACCGCCCGAGCCCGACCUGCUGCUGCAGCAGCUGACCGAGUGGUUCACUCCGGACGAGUUCCAGCUGAAGCUGUUCAAAGGUUUCUGCCUGGUGUUGUUCUUCAACUUCCUGUUCAUCUGCCUGGCGUGGAGCUACUACGGACCCACUAUUUCUGACAAGUUGAUGCGCCCUGCCACUUCCAAGUCGAUCUUGGAGCUGAAGAAGAGCGUAUCACAGCUGAAACUUCCCACCGAACACACUCCUCGCAUUUGAUUCCGUAUUUAAACUAAGUCACAAUGGCCGGAGGAGGUAAAAAGAACAAGGACGACGAGAAGCUUGGCAGCAAGAUCCAGCGCUUCUUCAAGGGAAAGAAAAACGAGGCCAAGGUCAAACUAGGCAUGACCGGCCCUGGUUACCGCCUCGGCGACGCCGCCACGAGUUCUUCGACAAGAAGCAGCAGCAGCAGCAGCUCUGGGACGUCCAGGGAGCCUGUAAAGCGGGUUGAGACGUCCCAGGAGGCCAGACAGGCUGGGGCCGCUGCCCUCGCCAGGAUGGGGAAGAAAGGCAGUGAUGACGCUGCCUUUGGAACUUCAAUGGCCGCAAUUAGGGCUCAGGCUCGACGGGAGCUGGAGGCAGAAAAGGCGGCGGCCGCCGCUGCUGCCGCUCCCCCGAAAGAGGAGUCGCCGCCGCCACCCGUGCAGGACCCUGAGCGCAUGCUCAUCUCUGGAAUCUACUUCGCCUGUCCGAUGAUAGGCCCAGAAGUCCUUACAAAGAAGGAGUGGGACAUUAAGAUCCGCGAGUUCCUCUACGAGCAGUUGGAGCACGAGCGUUCGCUGACCGCCGUGUUGAUGAUCCACUCGCUGACCAAGAACCGCGAAAAGGUGGAACAGUGCGUCGCGCUGCUGCAACGCAUGUUCGACAAUCUGAUCCAGAAUCCGGACGUGGAGAAGUACCGCCGCAUCAAGUUGGACAGUAACGCAUUCCGGGACAAGCUGAAGGACGUGGAGGGUGCGCUGGAGCUGCUGCUGGCCGUCGGCUUCGAAGAGCAGGAGAUCGCGAAUGAUGCCGGAGUAAUGGAGAAGUAUCUCGUCCUGCCCGCGGACAGACUUGGAGAAGACGGCAGGGAACAUCUCAUGGCCAUGUGCGACGCCUUGUCCGAAGCGGAGCCGAUCACGCUGCAGCUGGACCGCGGCAUGCAGGUGAUGCAACCGGUGGAAGCAAGCAGAAGGACCGAGCUGCCACCCGAGAUUUACAGACUGACGCCUCAGGAGCUGAAGCGGCUGCAGCAGGCCAAGACGGAGGCCAUCGAACGCGGCCAGAUCCUGCGCACCAAGGCCAUGCGCGAGAAGGAGGAGGCGCGAGAGAUGAAAACCUACAAGUAUGCCGUCAUCAGGGUCCGGUUCCCUAAUAAUGUGUUGCUACAGGGCACAUUUAAUGUUUAUGAGAAGUUGGCGGAGGUGCUGGCUUUCAUCAGGGAGCAGCUGCACAGCUGGGAAGGCAUGGAUAAGCGUCCCUUCGUGGUCACGACCCCAACCGGCGAGAAGCUGUCCGAAGGCGGACAGGAGGAGACGAUGAACCUAAUGGACCUCAAGCUGGUGCCGACCGCGAUCUUGAACUUUGCGUGGAGCAAGCCGUUACCCGCUGGCGCCGAAGAGUCCUAUUUAAAGCCAGAAGUUUUGUCUCUCCUGUCACAACUGUGAAUAAUUUAUUCCGCACCUUAUACCGACGAACUGCAACAGCUUAAAAUAAAUUAUUCCGUUGCUGUGAUUAUAAAAAUCAAUGGGAAAAUGUAUUUUGGUCUACUUAGUAUGAAUGAAAUUAUCUUCAGGUCUUUUUCAGUGCUUCAUUUAAAAAAAAAAUAUAAGUGUCAAUUGUUACUCGAUUUUUUUUUAAUCUUUGCUUGUGGUGGCUUUUGCAAGCCACAGGAACGAUUGAUACUUUUUAAGAUUCACUGCAAAUUAUGCUACUAGCUGUAUCCUCCAAAAUUGUGAUUUCAUUUCAUCCAAAUAAAAAUUUAUAACGUGUUUUUUGGAGAAAAUAAAUCAUUUAAAGAUGCAUGCAAAAGAACUAAA